AUGGCUGCCGCCAGCCGCCGCCUCCUCCUCCUCCUCCUCCUGCCCUGGCUGGUCAUGGCCUCACACAGCCCACCUGGCUGCAAGAUCCGGAUUACCUCCAAGGGGCUGGACCUGGUUAAGCAGGAGGGGCUGCGCUUCGUGGAGCAGGAGCUACAGAACAUCACGGUGUCAGACCUGCACGGGAAGGAGGGGCAGUUCCACUACAACAUCAGCCAGGUCAAGGUGGUGGACCUGCAGCUGGCAUUUUCCGACCUGUACUUCCAGCCUCAGCAGCACCUUGUCUUCAACAUCAACAAUGCCUCCAUCAGCCUGCGCUUCCGGAGACAGCUGCUCUACUGGUUCUUCUAUGACAUCGGGUCCAUCAAUGCCUCUGCGGAUGGUGUCCACAUCCGCACAGUGCUGCAGCUGGCCAAGGAUGAGGCUGGGCGCCUGAAGAUCUCUAACAUCACCUGCAACGCCUCCAUUGCCAGAAUGCAUGCGGGCUUCUCCGGCACACUCAGGAAGAUCUAUGAGUUCCUGAGCACCUUCAUUGUCACAGGGAUGCGCUUCCUCCUCAGCCAGCAGAUCUGCCCAUCCCUGGAGCACGCCAGCCUGGUGCUGCUGAACUCAGUGCUGGACACGGUGCCGGUGAGGAACUAUGUGGAUGAGCACAUUGGGAUUGACUACUCCCUCCUGCGGGAUCCGGCCGUCUCCACGGACACCCUUGACCUAGACUUCAAGGGCAUGUUCUUCCCCCGUGCAAGAGAGAACCAGGAGCUGGAGAACCACGCGGUGGAGCCGGUGAUCAAGGAGACCGAGCGCAUGGUCUACGUCGCUUUCUCUGAGUACUUCUUUGACUCGGCCAUGCACGCGUACUUCCAGGCGGGUGUGCUGGCCAUAGAGCUCCAGGGGGAGAAGGUGCCCAAGGACCUGGAGGUUUUGCUGAGAGCCACCUUCUUCGGGACCAUCUUCAUGCUGAGUCCCGCUGUGGACGCUCCCCUGCGGCUGGUGCUGCAGGUGUCGGCUCCCCCCCGCUGCAUCAUCAAACCUGCCUGCAGCGGGCACAGCAGGGCUGUGAUUCAGCCUUCUCUCUCUCCCUAGGAAACAAAGCUGAGCGCCAAGGUGUUUCUGCAAGGGAAGGCGCUGCGCGUGCAGCUGGACCUGCGACGGUUUCGCAUCUACUCCAAGCAGUCUGCGCUGGAGUCGCUAGCGCUGUUCUCACUGCAGGCCCCACUGAAGACCCUGCUGCAGCUGACAAUCAUGCCCAUCAUUAACGAGAGGACUAAAAAGGGGGUGCAGAUCCCACUGCCAGAAGGCAUGGACUUCACCAAGGAGGUGGUCACCAACCAUGCGGGAUUCCUCACGGUGGGAGCUGAUCUCCACUUCUCCAAGGGGCUGCGGGAGGGGAUUGAGAAGUACCGCCCGGCCCCUACCGCCCCCGCCUACCCCAGCUCAAGGCCUGCAGAGCCCAGCAUGGACCCCCGCCAGCUCUAGCUCUUCUCCCCACUCGCUCCUUCACCCUGGACCGAGGGCAGAUCCCGGGCUGGACCCGUAGACUGUAGGUAGGAAGCAGCUUCCCCGGUACCACUGGCACAUUCUGCAGGGCACCCAUGCCCUGGCGGGUAGCAGCAAGGCGGAGACAGCCGCUCUGGGAACCCCUGCUGC